AUUAUUUGCAAUUUAUUAAAUUAAUUAAACCAGCAUAAGCGAUAUUAUCAUCACCAAAUAGUGUUGUUAUUAUUUUCAAGCCAAGGAAACAAUAAUUCGCCAAAAUGCCGCGUAUUAUGAUAAAAGGCGGCGUUUGGCGCAACACCGAGGAUGAAAUCCUGAAAGCGGCUGUUAUGAAAUAUGGCAAAAACCAGUGGUCUCGUAUCGCUUCGUUGCUGCACCGCAAGUCAGCCAAACAGUGCAAGGCCCGUUGGUACGAAUGGUUGGACCCCAGCAUCAAGAAGACGGAAUGGUCGCGCGAGGAAGACGAGAAGUUGCUGCACCUGGCCAAGCUAAUGCCGACGCAGUGGAGGACUAUUGCUCCUAUUAUUGGUCGUACCGCAGCUCAGUGCUUGGAAAGAUAUGAAUAUUUACUGGAUCAAGCUCAAAAGAAGGAGGAGGGCGAGGACAUGGGAGACGAUCCUCGCAAGCUGAAGCCGGGUGAAAUUGACCCCAACCCCGAGACAAAACCUGCCAGACCUGACCCUAAAGAUAUGGAUGAAGAUGAACUGGAAAUGCUAUCAGAGGCCCGUGCGCGUCUUGCCAACACACAAGGCAAAAAGGCUAAAAGGAAAGCGAGAGAAAAACAGUUGGAGGAAGCAAGACGGCUUGCUGCAUUGCAGAAACGGAGAGAAUUAAGCGCUGCUGGUAUUGCUGUGCCUAUGAGGCGCAAGAAAAAGCGUGGCGUCGACUACAACUCAGAGAUUCCGUUCGAGAAGCGGCCAGCCGCUGGUUUCUUCGACACAUCGACGGAGGUCGUCGACCCCAUGGCGCCCGACUUCUCGCGCCUUCGACAACAGCAUCUCGAUGGGGAGCUGCACUCGGAGAAGGAAGAGAAAGACAGGCGUAAGGACAAGCAGAAGCUAAAGCAGCGCAAGGAAAACGAUGUACCGCAAGCCAUGUUGCAAGGCGACCAGCCCGCGCGAAAACGCAGCAAGCUUGUUCUGCCGGAGCCACAAGUCACUGACCAGGAACUCCAGCAAGUGGUGAAACUAGGCCGAGCUUCCGAAGCGGCCCGCGAGUCAGCCGGCGAAGCAGGCGCCGCCACGGACGCCCUGCUAGCCGAUUAUGCGCUCACUCCGACACCUGCAACUUCCUUGCGUACGCCCAUGCAGCAUCAGGACAGGAUCCUAAUGGAAGCCCAGAACGUAAUGGCUCUAACACACGUGGACACGCCGCUCAAGGGCGGGCUGAACACGCCGCUGCAGCAGAGCGACUUCUCCGGCGCCCUUCCUCAGACGCAGGCGCUCGCCACGCCCAACACCGUGCUCGCCACCCCCUUUAGGUCGUCUCGUAGCGAAGUGUCGACGCCUGGUAGCUUCGCGACGCCGGGCCGCGGUCCCACACCUGCCGGACUAGUUACUCCAGGGUUGCGCGACAAAUUGAGCAUCAAUCCCGAAGACAGACUGAGCGCCGGGGACACGCCACAACAAGUCAACCAAAUGCAGAAACAGCUAAAAUCAUCAGUGCGCAACGCGCUGCAGUCGCUACCAACACCACGUAACGACUACGAAAUCGUGGUCCCGGAUCAAGACGACGAGCCCAUGGAGGCCGAGCCCGCCACCGCGCGCCUUGAGGACCAAGCUGAUGCAGAUGCCAGGAUGUUGCGAGAGCAGGAGGAAAUACGCUUGGCCGCGUUCGCUCUCCGCUCCACGGCCGUGCAGCGCUUGCUGGCGCGGCCGGCCGACGUCAACGCGUCCGUGCUGCGCGCGCGCGGCGGCGCGCCGCUCACGCACCUGCAGCGCGCGGAGGAGCUGCUCAAGGCCGAGAUGGUCACCAUGCUGCACUAUGACGCUCUACACGACCCUCCGCCAGGUGUCGACAAAAAGCGAGCAGUACAACUCCAAGCCUCCCACCUCGCAUACUUAGAGCAGCAUCCAUACGAGGAGUUCACCCCUCAAGAGCUCGACGCGGCGAAGGCCGAGUUGCAGAAGGAAAUAGAAGUGGUCCGCUCUGGUAUGGGACAUGGGGACCUCAGUCUCGAUGCCUACACACAAGUUUGGGAAGAGUGCUUAGCUCAGGUUUUAUUCUUACCCGGCCAGAACAGAUACACGCGCGCCAAUCUGGCGAGCAAGAAGGACAGACUCGAGUCGGCGGAGAAACGGCUAGAGCAGAACAGGAACCACAUGGCGAAGGAGGCCAAGAAGUGCUCCAAGAUGGAGAAGAAACUUAGAGUACUCACAGGUGGAUACCAAAGCAGAGCAGCGUCGCUCGUGAAACAGUUCCAAGAGCUGCAAGACCAAAUAGAACAGGCCAAUCUGGAGCUGUCCACGUUCAAGUUCCUCGCUGAGCAGGAGAAGGCCGCCAUUCCGAGGAGAAUAGAGUCAUUGACGGAAGACGUGAACCGCCAAACGGAGCGUGAGAAGCAGCUACAGAAGCGGUACGCGGAGCUGCAGGCCGAAAUAGAAGACCUACAGAAAAACAGCCGCCCGCUCAAGGACGUCGACAUGAGGGAGAUGAAAGAUGUCGAUAUGAGAGAGAAGGUGGAAGAGUAAUCGUGUUGUUAGGAUGUAAACCACAAAGUACUAUGUAGUUAGGUCGUCCUUAACCUUUUCGCCGCCACGUCA